AUGUCGGUCACAUCCAACACCUACUCGCACUCCCUUUGCGUUGCUCUGCCACAGGACAUCCGUCCAGCUAUGGUCGACAUCAGCUGCCUAAAAGGCGAGAGGUUGAGCGUGAUUGCUGAUGCAUGGCAUGUGGAGGAGUCCUGCCACUACAGAUGGCACAUCCAGUUUACACCCAAUGACGUUGACAUGGGGUCCAUAAGCGCCCGUUUCGGCCAUGGCCACACCCUCUUGAUCAAUGCCCACCGAAAAAGCCGCUACGGAUUUUCUUCGACUUGUGGUUCCUGGGAAUGCUCGUCAAGGUAG